AUGUUUCCCUCGAAGAAAAACUAUGCAGGCUGGAACGUCAGUUUCCUGGCGGUCUGCCUUUCGAUCCUGCUGCUCCUGAAUCCCGUGGAUGCCCGGUGGACUCGAAGACCGAGACGCACUACCACGCCAAGGAGCACCACCACCGCGAGCUCUGUGCGCCCGGAUCGCCACCAGCACGUGCACCACUGGCCACCACUGGUGGCACCACCCGCCCAGUCGCAGCACCAACCACCGCCACAAGUGGCAGUGGUGCAGAAGCCCAUCCACUCGGAAACCAGUCCCCGGCUAAUUGAUAGUUUCGAUCAGAGAUCCCUCGACGGGCAGUACGAGUUCAGAUACCAACUGGACAACGGGAACACCCGGUACGAGCGCGCCUACUGGCUGCCGGUGGGCAAGGAGCUCGUCCUGGCGAAGAAGGGAUACUACUCGGUGCCGCUGCCCAACGACAAGUACUCGACGGUGUUCUAUACCGCCGACCACCAUGGCUACCAUGUGGACAGGCAGACAUUAUCUGGGGAGCAACCGCUGUUGCCGCGAAGCCUCGAAGUGCCCGGAGUGGAGACGCAAAUGGGAUUGGGAUUGGGAUUGGGAUCAGGAACGGGAUCGGGAACGGGGACUAAACGAAAUUCAAUAAGCGACCCGGAGCGUAACGAGCUGCAAGUGGAAGUGGAUGAGGAUGUGGACGCAAGUGGAGCUGGCACCGAGCUGGUUCCUAAUGCUGUAAGCCCAGUCGAAACCGAAACCGAACCAUCAACUUUGGCCAACGACAUUUUGGCAACUGAAGCACCAGCCGACAGCCACGACAACGACCACGAUGAUGAUGAUGAUGGUGAUGCUGCUGAUGACGAUGAUGAGGAGGACAAGGAUGUUGAUGAUGAUGAAGGCGCCUCAAACUGA